AUGGCGAGCACCCUCUUCUCCGUCUCGAACCGCGUCGCCCUCAUCUCAGGCGCCAGCUCCGGCAUCGGCGCGUACAUCGCAAAGGGGCUCGCCGAGCACGGGUGCAGCCGCGUCUACAUCGUUGGGCGGCGCGAGGCCGCGCUCAAGUCGAUCGCAUCUGCCGCUCCGGGGGUCAUCGUCCCCAUCGUGGGCGACGUCUCGACGAAAGCGGGAUCCGUGAAGAUCGCAGAGGCGUUCGUGCAGCUGGAGAAGCAGGCGGGUGUGCGUGAGGGUGAGGUCGCGCUGGAUAUACUGGUGAAUAAUGCGGGGAUCAUGAGGCCGGAGGGGCUCUGGGGUGACGGUGCGUCUGCGGAGGAAGUCAAGGAUGCGCUGCUGAAGUUGGAGGACGAGGACUGGGCGCAGGUGUUCGCGGUGAACGUAUCUUCCAUCCAGUGGCUCUCCGCUGCUCUCCUACCGUACCUCGUCUACGCAUCGAAACACAACGACGGCUUCCGCGAAGGCCGCGGCUCAAUCGUGAACAACACCUCCGUCUCCGCGUUCUACGUCUCGCGCGCGGACAAGCUGCACCUCUACGCGGCGUCCAAGGCCGCCGCGGAGUCGCUCACGAAGAACCUCGCGAGCAAGUUCACGAAGAUGGGCGUGCGCGUGAACAGCAUCGCGCCCGCGAACAUUCCCAGCGAGAUGAACGACCCCGCGAACCCGGGCAGCUUUAUUAGCAAUUUGAAGGAUAUCAUCCCGAUCGGGAGGACGGGAAAUGAGGAAGAUGCGGUGGGUGCGAUUGUGUAUCUGAGCUCAAGGGCGGGGAGUUAUGUCUCGGGGACGUAUAUCACGUUGGAUGGUGGCAUUCUCGUUGGUGUAUGAAAACCACGAAGGGAUUGCAUCACGGAAACGUCGAGCCACAUACAACACAUUUUUGUUCGGCGGCAUGCUUGUAGGUAUAUGAGAGUUUUCAAAAGAUUUAGAUCAAAGCACUGUUCGGUCACAUACGGCACAUUUGUACCACCUGCAUAUAACAAAUAGAUAAGUGUCAC